UUUUUUUCUUUUCCUCGAGAACCAAACAAGAUUUCUCAUUCCAAUUUUGGGUACAGAAGAAGAGGAAGGAGAAGAAGAAGAAAGGAGGAGGAGAAGAAGAAGUAGCGCGAAAACGGUGAGUUCGGAGAUUUGGUUUGAGGAUUCUGCACGUGGUGGCCUCAUGACUUCUUCUGUGCAUGAUCUUUCUGACAACUGUGAAACUGAUGAGCAGCAGAAACACUCAGAAUCUCAGCUCGAGUCGUCUUCUCCUGCAGCUGGAAUUUCUCAUGCUGUGAUUACAACUCCAAAUGUUCAGUAUGCAACCCCUCCACAAUUUGGAGCAGGGCAUGCAGUGGCACCGGCAGCUUAUCCAUAUCCAGAUCCUUACUACAGAAGCAUCUUUGCACCCUAUGACGCACAACCCUAUCCUCCGCAGCCUUAUGGUGGACAACCCAUGGUCCAUCUUCAGUUAAUGGGAAUACAGCAAGCUGGAGUUCCGUUGCCAUCAGAUGCAGUUGAGGAACCCGUAUUUGUGAAUGCGAAACAAUAUCAUGGCAUCUUACGACGCCGACAAUCCCGUGCAAAAGCAGAAUCAGAAAAUAAAGCUCUCAAGUCUAGAAAGCCAUACCUGCAUGAAUCUCGACAUUUGCAUGCAUUAAGAAGAGCAAGAGGAUGCGGGGGCCGUUUUCUCAAUUCAAAGAAAAACGAAAAGCAACAAGAUGAAGUAGCAUCAGGUGACAAAUCACAGCCUAAUAUCAAUUUGAACUUGGAUAAAAAUGAACGAGCCCCUGCAGAUGGUACAGCGUAAUUACUCAGGAAGAAUCAUUGAAGGGGCCAGAAGCAGUUAGGCAUUGACAACGAGAGGAGUCUAAGAUCUGUACCAGCCUCUGUAGAGAAUGUUCGUGACGGCUCUAUACUUCCAAAGUCAGUUGUGUAUAGUUUUUCUAAGCGGUAAACUUGUAGGAAUGGUUAAAAAGAGCAAUCCGGCAGUUUCAAUGAAGACCAUGAUAGUUUCCUUCUUCGCGGACAGACUACAUUCUGGCCUUUUGUUCUUUUUCCCGAGAGAGCGAUGGCCAGUAUAUGGUUUCUGACAGCUCUUCUUCUCUUUAGAUCUUUAGUGAGGCUGGAAACUCUUUUAACAGGAUUCGAGAGUCCUAGUUUGGCUUGAUUAUGUCUCAUUAGUUUAGAUAUCAGAUUAGCUGUUAUGAUGUGGUAUUAGUUUCAUUCCAUUAUUGUCAACUGAUGAAAUAAGUUUAAGGCUUUAACUUAAA